AUGAAAUUUUAUAUUGAAGAUCUUUUAGUAUAUUUUCCAUAUUCAUAUAUUUAUCCAGAACAGUAUAGUUAUAUGGUAGCAUUAAAGAGAUCAUUAGAUAAUGGUGGACCAUGUAUAUUAGAGAUGCCAAGUGGUACUGGUAAGACGGUAUCAUUGCUAUCGUUAAUUUCAUCAUAUCAAGUUAAAAAUCCAUCAAUUAAAUUAAUUUAUUGUUCAAGAACAGUGCCAGAGAUUGAACAAGCUACAGAAGAGGCUAGAAGGGUAUUACAAUAUAGGAAUUCAGAAAUGGGGGAAGAGUCACCUAAAACGUUAUGUAUGUCAAUGUCGUCACGUCGUAACCUUUGUAUUCAACCAAGGGUAUCGGAAGAGAGGGAUGGUAAAGUGGUCGAUGCCCUCUGUAGAGAGUUGACAUCCUCAUGGAAUAGGGAGUCACCCACGAGUGAAAAAUGUAAAUUUUUCGAGAAUUUUGAAUCUAACGGAAAGGAAAUCCUACUAGAAGGGGUGUAUUCAUUGGAAGAUCUAAAAGAGUAUGGAUUAAAACAUCAAAUGUGUCCAUACUUUUUAUCAAGACAUAUGUUGAAUUUUGCAAAUAUUGUUAUAUUUAGUUAUCAGUAUCUUUUAGACCCAAAGAUCGCCUCAUUGAUAUCAUCAUCGUUUCCGAGUAACUCGAUUGUGGUUUUCGAUGAAGCUCAUAAUAUUGACAAUGUUUGUAUCAAUGCCCUAUCAAUCAAUAUUGAUAAUAAACUGUUGGAUACGAGUUCAAAGAAUAUAGCGAAAAUUAAUAAACAAAUUGAAGAUAUUAAAAAAGUUGAUGAAAAGAGAUUAAAAGAUGAAUAUCAAAGAUUAGUUAAUGGUUUGGCAAGAAGUGGUUCAACAAGAGCUGAUGAAACAACUUCUGACCCAGUUUUACCAAACGAUGUAAUUCAAGAGGCUGUGCCAGGCAAUAUUAGAAAAGCCGAGCAUUUCAUAUCACUAUUGAGAAGAGUUGUAGAUUAUUUAAAAAGUAGAUUAAAAUCACAAAUGCUACUAAGUGAAUCACCAUUGGCGUUCCUACAGGGACUCUACCAUGCCACCCAAAUCUCUUCGAGAACUUUACGAUUCUGUUCAUCAAGAUUAAGUUCAUUGCUUAGAACAUUGAGAAUCAAUGAUGUGAAUCAAUUCUCUGGUAUAUCAUUAAUCGCUGAUUUUGCAACAUUGGUUGGUACUUAUAAUAACGGAUUUUUAAUCAUCAUUGAGCCUUACUAUCAACGUCAGAAUAAUACAUAUGAUCAGAUAUUUCAAUUUUGUUGUUUGGAUGCUUCGAUUGGUAUGAAACCAAUUUUCGAUAAAUAUAGAUCAGUUGUGAUCACAAGUGGUACUUUGUCACCAUUGGAUAUCUAUACGAAAAUGUUGAAUUUCCGUCCAACCGUUGUUGAACGUUUAACAAUGUCAUUAAAUAGAAAUUGUAUUUGUCCAUGUAUUUUAACAAGAGGUAGUGACCAAAUUUCAAUAUCAACCAAAUUCGAUGUUAGGAGUGAUACAGCUGUCGUUAGAAAUUAUGGGGCAUUAUUAGUUGAAGUCAGUGCUAUAGUACCCGAUGGAAUCAUUUGUUUUUUCACUUCCUAUAGCUAUAUGGAGCAAAUCGUAUCGGUUUGGAAUGAAAUGGGUCUGUUAAAUAAUAUUCUAACCAAUAAGUUAAUAUUUGUUGAAACUUCAGAUCCUGCCGAAUCAGCAUUGGCAUUGCAAAACUACAAGAAAGCAUGCGACAGUGGUAGAGGUGCCGUACUACUUUCAGUGGCAAGAGGUAAGGUGUCUGAGGGUAUCGAUUUCGAUAAUCAGUAUGGCAGAUGCGUCAUUCUCUAUGGCAUACCUUACAUCAAUACCGAGAGUAAGGUAUUACGUGCACGUUUGGAAUUCCUUAGAGAUCGUUAUCAAAUUAGAGAGAAUGAAUUCCUAACUUUUGAUGCAAUGAGAACUGCUUCUCAAUGUGUUGGUAGAGUCAUUCGUGGUAAAUCCGAUUAUGGUAUCAUGAUCUUUGCUGAUAAACGUUACAAUCGUUUAGAUAAACGUAAUAAAUUACCACAAUGGAUCUUACAAUUUUGUCAACCUCAACAUUUAAAUCUUUCAACUGAUAUGGCAAUUUCACUUUCAAAAACUUUUUUAAGAGAAAUGGGUCAACCAUUUUCAAGAGAAGAACAAUUAGGUAAAUCAUUAUGGAGUUUAGAACAUGUUGAAAAACAAUCAACAAGUAAACCACCACAACAACAAAAUUCAGCUAUAAAUUCAACUAUUACAACUUCUACUACUACUACAACCACGACUUCUACAAUUUCUGAAACACAUUUAACAUAA